AGUGGGGAACCCUCAUCACAUCAACCAUAUGCUCCCAAUGGUCGUUACUGCUUUUCACGAAAUAAAUGAAAUUAAGAAGUAACUGAAGAAAAAAUUUAGAUGAGAGAAACUAAAAAAGGAUAAUUUAGAAGAAGACACAGUAGGUUGCUUCUGUGCUCAGUUCAGUCCCCGGAGGACAGCUGGCAUUUGCUGAACACCAGGGAGACAGGACAUGCGGCUGCUCCCAGUUCUGUUCCUUCUCAUCAGCCAAGCCCACUUCUCCACCUGCGUGAUGAGAAUGGCAACAGGCAGAGCAUUGGGCACACUGACCGUGCACUGUACCUACGGGCGGGGAUGGGAACCCUACAAAAAGUGGUGGUGUCGUGGGUAUGACUGGGAUUCCUGCAAAAUCCUUGUUAAAAGCACCGGGUCAGAACAACUGGUGAAGAAUGGCCGAGCGUCCAUCCAGGACAAUCACAGCCAACGCAUAUUCACCGUGACCUUGGAGGAUCUCUGGUAUGAUGACGCAGACACCUACUGGUGUGGGAUUGAGAAAGUUGGCAAUGACUUGGGGUACAAAGUUUACGUGGAUGUUGACCCAGCCCUUGAUCCAACAGACCCUCCCCAGACUGUGGCAACAACAAAACCAGCCAGUCGAGCUUCCUCGCGUCCAUUUACCCAGGGCAUCAACAGCAGCCAGCCCACUGUUCUGACCAACCCCCACAGCAGGUCGGGGAACUUGGUCUUCAAUGUAGCAGCACAGAAUCCUCCUGUGUGGAUCCUCCUGGUACCGCCUCUCCUUAUGACCCUCAAGUGGCUCUGCCAAGGAUAAAUAACUAUUACAUUGUUCAGAACUCUGGCCAAUGAUGGGUUUUCCAAUUCCAGACCAACCAGUAAGCAUAAAACCUGGGUUAAACCAAAAAGUUCCAGAGUGUGUCCACAUGGACAAAGACCUCUGAUUGGCCAGCUGCACAGAGGUCCACUGAUUCUACCUUCUGCCGCAUUGGUGCCUCCGAGAAAGAAUUCCUUGAACAUAAAAGAUUGAAGACCGGGUUGGACCAUCACCCAACCUGCACCUAAUCUCUUUGCGCCAUACAUCCUCUAUUAAAAUAUUUGGCUUUCCUGCACUCCCUGGAGAU